AUGGAAAAAGCAACAGAAACGAAUGAAUCUCUCAGUAACCGAACAGCCUUGCUUGAAACUCAAAGAGCGAGUUUGUAUAAAACGGCCGAAAUAAUCUUCAUUGUGAUUGUGACAGGAUCUUUGAGCGUGAUAACCCUCGUUGGGAACGUUCUGGUCAUUAUUUCCAUCAAAAUAAACAGGCAAUUGCAAACUAUUAACAAUUACUUCAUUUUUAGCUUAGCCUGUGCUGAUGUUACGAUUGGUGUAACUAUGAAUCUAUUCACCAUUUACGGUCUCCUUGGCUACUGGCCUCUGGGUUCAGUGGUAUGUGAUUUAUGGCUUGCUGUCGAUUACGUUGUCAGCAAUGCCUCUUCCAUGAAUCUCCUGAUCAUCAGCUUUGAUCGCUACUUCUGUGUGACCAAACCCCUUACCUACCCCGUGAGAAGGACAACAAAGGUUGCAGGGAUGAUGAUCACAGCUGCUUGGGUGCUUUCAUUUCUUGUAUGGGCUCCUGCCAUUCUCUUCUGGCAGUUCAUUGUAGGGGAGCGGACAGUCACUGAGGGAGAGUGCUAUAUACAGUUCUUCUCCAAUCCUGCUGUCACUUUCGGCACUUCAAUAGCUGCCUUCUUUCUUCCCGUUACUGUUAUGGUGGUUUUGUACGUGCACAUAUCACGUGCCAGCAAAAGUAGAAUAAAGGAGAAUAAAAAAGAGUCUGAAUCUAGUAAGGAACCAGUUACUCCCAGUCUAGAGGUGGGCAAGAUGCUGAAAUCGACUCAGAGCAACAUAUCAAAUGCUUCUGGUGGGCUGCCACAAGUGAAAAUGCGAAAUGACAUAAUAACUCAUGAAAUAAUCAUUGAUCAUUGUGGCGAGGGACAGGAAGUGUCCUUGAGUGAGUCAACUUCUUUCAGCACGAUUCCAUCAAACAAAAAGAUGGAAGGCUGUAUCUAUGAAAAAGGAAACGUCUGCACUAAGAUAGAUAAUUGCAAACUCUCUUAUAUUAAGAUGGUUGAUAAAUCCCAAAGCAUUAAUGGCUAUGGAAAAACACCAGGAAUCGUUGUAGAAGUUAGAAGCAAUAACGAGAAAGGCAGAGAGAUCAGAGAAUAUCAUAAAACGAGUAAAAAAAUUCACACUACUUCUGAAAAGAGAAAAGUCUCUGUAAACCGAGAAAAGAAGGUGACUAGGACUAUUCUGGCUAUUCUCCUGGCAUUUAUCAUCACUUGGAGCCCAUACAAUGUCAUGGUGCUCAUUAGCACGUUCUGUUCCACUUGUAUUCCAAGCACAGUCUGGAAUAUCGGAUACUGGAUAUUUUACAUCAACAGUACCAUCAACCCAGCCUGUUAUGCACUCUGUAAUGUUACUUUCAAGAAAACUUUCAAACAUCUUCUCUUGUGCCAGUACAAGAGCAUCGGUGCAACAACGUAA